AUGUCGAGUCGUCCAUCGUCCAUCAUGAACGCCUCGGAUUCGGACCACGAGCAGCAGCAGUCAUCUGGCAUCGUCCUCGCCAAUACUUCAAUCUCAGCGAACGAUCCCGCAGCGCCAGAACGAGAGCUUGAGGCGGUUAAAGCCGGAAGGAAACACAAUUUCGGAGAAUAUGAAGACGAGGACGGGGGCGAGGAUGGAGAUGGACAUACAGAGACGAUUGGCUCCGACGACGAGCCUGUCAAUGAAGGCUCGACGGUCACUACUGCUCUAGGUUGUGCUAAUUCGCGUUCCUCCCAAUCAAUGCCACCAUACAAACGUCACCACCCCGACUCCGAUGGACAUGAUUCGUCCGAACAACUUCCCUCGGUUCACAUCCCCCAGGCCUCCAACUCCGAUAUCCGUGCCCUGCACACUCAACAUUCUUCUGGGACCUCAUCCCCGUCCAUCCUUUCUCUCCUCACCUCUUCCUCCUCCUCCGCCCAUGCCCUUCGUUCAAACUCGGCCUGGGCAUCAAAUAAUCGCUCCCGUUGGAUUGUGGCGGAUCGCCCGGUGAAGGCGCUCGAUCUUGAAUCGACGCGGGCUGUGGGUUCGGCUGUGGAUUUGGCUGUGGCUGAGGAUUCGGUGAGGGACCACCUCGGUUUCGCCUCGAAUCCACAAAAUCCGCACCAGCGGAAUAGAACGCCCUUGCGAAGUCGGAAACUGGAGGCCUACGACCUGAGCCAGAAGAGGACGGGGGGAUGA